GUGCGGAUGGUGGGAAUGGGAAGUCUCAUUGAGACAAAACCCACUCACCCAUGUCCUAUCCCACACCUUGUGAUGUGUUGGUUGAGAAGGACUCCUCCCCUACCCUCCUUGAUUCAUUCGAACAACCAAGAGAGAAGAGCCCAGGGAAAACUAAAGCUCUCAAAAGCCAUAGUUGGGGGGAAGCAACAAGAGAAGAAAUCCAAGGAGAAAAGAGUUGUUCUUGAGGAGUUGAAAUCGCCGGAAACCGCCAAGUAUAGGAGGCUGUUCGUAGCUGCAGACCACGAAAGCCGCCCACCUUUCACGAAAGCCGCCCGGCUUUCGUCUGCUGCCCAGAUUUUUCAUCUCCAAACGGCUUAGAACGGGGAUUGAUCAGAGGGCUUAACAAAGGCAACUAUUUCAGCACUUCAUAAGGUGAGGAUGGCUGACUAUAUUGCUUAUAAUCUUUGGGUUAAUUUCAUGAGAUUACCUAAGGUAAUUAAAUAUGUUUUUAAGGAUUAUUAAUGAUUAAUAAUGCCUAAGAAUGAGAAGACUAUGGUCUAUAAGGAAAAGAGCAUAAUAUACAAAUUUGUAAGAGAUUGUGUAUGAUUAUGUGAUAUGAAAGAAAUGGUAUGGUAAUGGAAUUAACUAUGAAAAUUGUGAUAAAAUAUACUUUACUUCAUGUAUGAAAUUCAUGAAUGGAUAAAAGUGAUAUUUUUGAUAUUGGGAUUAAAUCAUAUUUGGAUUGGAAAAUCAAUUGAGAUAACUAUUUGGC